CCUGGGCGUGCCGGAGGGACCGAGGCUCGACGAGGCCCCGCCCGGGCGGCAGGCUGGAGUGGGAGGGCAGGGCGCUGGGCGGCCGCUUCCGCGCUUGGCCACCCCCCGCCGCCGCCGCCGCCGAGAGGGGAAGGGAGGAGGAAGGCGAAGCCGGCGGCGCCUCAUCGGAGCCGGGACGAUGCGCGGAAGGCGCGGGAGAGGAGUCCGGCACGCAGAUCUCAUUUUACACUCCAGUACUUGGAAGGAACCUUAACGGGAGCCCAGCAGCCUUGCUUUCUCGUAGACAUGUUCUGAGUGUCUUCUGAGCAGGUCCACUGCGGCGCAGGAUGGCCCAAUCCAGGUCAAACGGGUCGCACUAUGCCUUGACAGCGAUCGGGCUGGGAAUGCUGGUUCUGGGCAUCAUUAUGGCCGUCUGGAAUUUGGUCCCCGGGCUGGGUCCCAACAGCAAGUCCCACCUCCCUGCUGGAAGCGGUAAUAAGACCGAGCCCGGUGGAGGAGGAAUUCUGAAGAGCAAGACGUUUUCGGUGGCGUACGUGUUGGUGGGGGCCGGGAUCCUGCUCUUGCUGCUUUCCGUUUGCCUGAGUAUCCGGGACCGAAGACGGCAGAGACAGGACGAGAGCGUCUCUAGGAUCCAUCAGCAAAGAUCGGUUGAGCAGCAGCAACAGGAAGACAGCCAAGAAGAAGAUGAGGACACACCUUCUCGCUAUUAUGUGCCCAGUUAUGAAGAGGUCAUGAACACGGGAUAUCCUGACUUGAGAGAUGCCGACAGAAGCACCAGAAUCAGCAUGUCUCUUCCCUCGUACGAAUCUCUCACCGGAAUUGAUGAAACGACACCAACCAGACCCGCUGCUGCUGCGGCUGCAGCUGCUGAACCAAGAUCCAACAUUGAACGCCAGACAAGCCGGCAUAGUUCUCGCCUUAGCAAAAGACUCAAACCCUUGAAAGUCCGGAGGAUCAAAUCCGAAAAGCUGCACCUAAAAAAUAUCCGGAUCAAUCUUCCUGAUGGAAACAGUUCAAGCCGUGUGACGAUCGAGCCCCUGACGCCUCCCCCACUGUACGACGAGAUUCCCGAUAAGCUUGCAGAGAGCAGGAAACAAGAAGAGUCUUAAGGGGACGUUGUGGACUUCUUAUAUAAAACACUAUUAAAUGCUUGAUUUCCCGGAGUCAAGUUUCCUCUAGGCUUGGAGAAGAGCCAGGAUGGACCAUACGCCUAUUUUGGUGAACUUUUUUCCAAAAAGGGAUCAAGGCGGGAUUCUCGAGGAGGUGGUAAACCUCUCACUGAAUGCGCUUUCUAAAUAAGUAACUAAAUCCCUGCCCAUUGAACGCUAGCAUGUCAGUGAUUAGGGUCUCUAGCCCAGCCUUCUCUCUGAUAGCUACUUUGCUAUGUGUUGGGAUCUUUUCUUCUGUAUUACCUGAAAUAGUACAGAGGCACAGGUCUAGCUGUUCGUUGCGAACUAAGCCCAAACAAAUCCUGCAGACUCCUGCGUCACCAGAUGAACAUGCGGGGUUGUUUGAUCGAAUCCUAGCAAUAUGAAUCUUUUGUGUAUAUAUUUUUCUAAAUUAUGACACAUUUUGUAUGCCUCUUUGGCAUUUUUUUUUCUAAACUAGCACUCCAGAUUGUCAUGCAUAUUAAAGGAACUUCUUCA